CUGGUUUAUUUUUCGCAGCAGCUGAGUGGGCGGGGCCUUAGACGUGACCCCUCCCACUGCGGACGUUGCGUGAUGACGAUGCUAGCAGGUGAUCCAGCGCCUCUCGAUGGAUGCUGAGGAGAGAAGGCGGUCGGGAGGGGCAGCUGUAUCUUGCACAAAUUCUCAGUCUCUCUUAUCGUAAAGAGCUCAGGGUGACAGGACGGACAUCGCUGAGAAAAGCCAAAAUAUUUCACGCGUUAACAUCGUCAACGGGUCUCUUUAGCGCUUGAGCACAGUAAUGUCUCUUCUUCGAUUUGAAUUUGGAUUUGUAUCCUGUCAUCUUUGACAAGAGCGGACAUUUUGCGCAUCCGCCGUAAGAGGGUACAGUUCUGCAAACUGAUUUACAAAACAUCAAACCAAGGUAAGCGAUUGGCCCAAUACACGCCAACAUCAUGGCAUGGCCCUGUAUCUCCAGAGCCUGCUGUAUGGCUCGGUUCUGGAACCAGCUGGACAAUGCCGACAUUGCGGUGCCUUUGGUUUUCACCAAGUACUCGGACGUUUCCGAAAUGCAGCACCUUCACCUGCAGCAGCCCGCGCAGAAGCAGCCGCACGCGGUGCCCAUAGAAACACAGCCGCUUCACAACGAUCACGACGCGGUGACCAAAGGACCCAAAGGGGAGGAGAUAGUUAGCGGUUCCGUGAUGCGCCAGGACUUCAAACACUGGAAAGUUCGUCCCGAGCCCAGCUGUAAGCCCAGGAACGAGUAUCACUGUCCCGAGGUUCCUUUUAACAACAAGACCCAGUAUCAAAAGGACUUCAAACCCUGGCCUAUCCCAAAAAGGGGAGACCAUCCGUGGAUCCCCAAACCCAGUCCGACCAUCUCCGCGGGAAGUGACCGUAUCCACGAAAGGUCCAAAUACACCAAUGCAGAAAUGGACACUGGAGUGGAGAAAAGUGAGAUUGCAGACAAGGUGCAGGAAAAGGAAAUCUUGUCUAGUGAAAGGAAAAGGCAAGCUAAGAAAGUCACCGUGGCUUCCGAAAACAAAUCUGGAGGGGAUGCCGCCACUACCGAGGGCAAAGGGAGGGCAGCAGCCGAUGCCCUCAACCGGCAGAUCAAACAGGAAGUUACAUCUGGAAGCUCCUACAGGAACGAGUUCAAAGCCUACACAGAUGUGAAACCUGUGAAGCUCAUCAAGGCUAAGUCUCAGUAUCAGCCUCCCAAUGUGAAGACUGACCUGCAAACCAGCUACAGCGCCACAUACAGGGGUUGCCAGGCCAAACCAGAGGUUGAUGACAACAAGGCCCUGGAGAGGAGAAGGAUACGCACACUGUACCAUGAACCUUACAGAGAGUCCAGUAAGGCGGAAAGAACAAGUCUUCCCCGCUCCAAACCCAAAAAGAGCACUUCCACAUCCGCCGCGCCCGGGAAGCCACCGAAGAAGUCCAAGGAGAAGCAGGUGACGUCAGUGCGCGGUUUAAAGAAGAAGAGCUCCGAGAACCAGCCAGAGAGCAGACCGACGCAGGCCGACAAGGAGAAAAGUAAAGCGAUCAACAACAAACUGGCUGAGGCGAAAGAGGUUAUGCUAAAACAGUACCACUACAUUCAGCUCUGUCAGCCCAUCCGAGAUUUUGGUUGGGUGCAGACACUAAAGCAACAUCUGUGGCGCUGUACCCUGCCCGAUCCAAGUGAAUCUGAGUCUGGGCUCGGACGAGUCAGCGAUUAUUAUUCCGCGGGUACCUCUGGAGGAGAACCACUGGUGGAACGACCAGAACCACGGAGCCGGGGAGUAGUUCGAUUUGCUCCGGAUGUCAAGUACUGACAAAAAGCACAAAACUGAUCAACUGUUUCAUACGAUGAGUAAAGUCAAGGUCAAAGUUCAGGAAAGGAAGGGAGGCAGCUAUAGACAGAAUUAGAACCUAAAUAAUAAUAUUUUAAGACAUAUUUUUGCAGAACAAGCAAUCUGUGAAGUGCUGUAUGUACUGUAUAUACUGUAGUCUAUGUUAACUAUUAAGAUUAAAUUGUGAGCUUCCAAAUGAGAGAAAAAAGGAAACAAAGGAUACCUGCGCCCCAAGACUGUUUGCAACAAUUGAAAUGGUGCUAUACAUUUUCUGUUACGCUUUUUGUCAAAACAAUGUUUUCAUGAUCAUUUAGAUUAGCAAACAUCUCAUGUCAUUAAAAGCUUCAUUCUUGAAAAUAAAUAAAAUAAAGA